UCUCCAUCGGUGGCGUUGAAAUUUUUGCUCGAAAUGAGGCUGCCCAUCUUGAAAUCUCUGAGUUGCACUCUCCUUUCUCUCCAAGCAGGCCGUGUACUUGCUUCGUUGGAUACGAGGAUCUCUGGUUCAAACAGUCUAGCUCAUGCUGUCCGGGAAGUCUCGCAAUGUCAACCCUUCAAGAGCAGCUUCUUACCUCAGGAUAUCUCACAAUCACUUGAUACUCAAUUUGUUGCAAUCAGUCCUUCUGGCUCAUACAGUACAGGUGACAAUGGCUUGGAGCUCUUUCUGGACAAGCCGCGGGGAACAAUCACGACCAAGAACGGCGUAAACAGCAUGGUCGGUGAUGGGGCCACUGUGAACUCUACCUUUACUCUCCUACAUGGCAAAGUAACCUUCACUUUCUCUGGGCCUGUCGUACCUGGCGUCGUGACUGCAGCAAUCUUGAUCUCUGAUCAGCACGACGAAAUUGACGUUGAGCUGCUCGGUGGUGACCCAUCGCACUGGCAAACCAACGUCUACGCUUCGAGUCCUGAAGAUGAACAGCCACUCUGGGGAGUCUUCGGCGAGAUAGAAUACUAUACACAUGGUGGCACUGUGGAAGAUACUCACGCGUAUACCAUCGACUGGAAUGACGAACGCAUUGUGUGGAGCGUGGACGGCACUGCAGUGCGCACGAUCAAGAAAGAUCAAACCGAGAAGCAUGGUGCCCUGCACUUUCCUUCACACGCAAUGCGUCUGCAACUAGGAAUCUGGGAUGCAAGCUCUCCGGCAGGUACUGCUCAGUGGGCCAAAGGUCCGAUAGACUGGUCUUCUGCGCCUUCAAGGAUGACGGCCACUUUCAAGAGCGUGGAAGUGGAAUGCCCAUACUGAGGCUUCUAUGCGAGCAUUCAGCGCACUUUUCGUCCAUUCUGGCUCUAACAAACCUUACUUGCGAUGUUAUGUCUCGUUCUUGUUCAUUCCUCCUUUUCUCUAGCUUGGGAACAUGACUUGUAUUCUAUUCUGCAAGAUUUCAUCCGACACGUUCCCUAGACAGGACAAGCCAUCGACAAAUCCUGUCAUCAAUUUAGAGAGCUUCAUAAUCUACUCAAGUAGAAAUACACACUCAGUCUUGUUCUCUAUCUGUCCAAUAUUGAUUUCUCUCGCUGCGUACAUCUCACGUCUGCAUCCGGAUUCUCCG